AUGUUUUUCAGGUCUGUCAGUACUGUGUGUUGCAGAGAUGAACCAGAACACCAUGACGACAGCAAGAAGGUGGAGAACACCUAUCAGUUGGGACCUCUUAAACGCUUCCCUGUCAGUGCUGCCACAGAGAUACUGAGGGAUGUUCUUACCAGUCACCUCCAAGAGGAGAAACAUGAAGUUCAGCCAUCUCCAGAACUGAUAAUAACCCUCACUGGGGGAAAUAACAAAAGCACUAUAAUAAAAAGCCUUGUGAAGGAGCUUGAGGUCCCCAGAUAUCAGAUUCUGGUUGUGAUGCACCUGGACCAGCUGAGUGACCAGGGCCUGCACAACAUCAGCAGCUUUCUGUGGGACGCUAACUACACCUUUGCAUCGUUCAGCUUCAACAACAGCUCUCUGUUUUGUGUUGCAACUGUCUAUGCGGUGUACCACGAGUGA